GUUGAUUCAGUUGAUUCUGUCGCUUCUGCCAUUGCCAUGGCGGUGGGGCCCACGCCGGCGCUGCGGCCUGGGGUGGGUUUCUGUUUGCAGGCCAGAAGCACCGGCUCUCCUCCGGGGCGAUGGUUUCUCAACAUGACCAUGCACAAGCUGGUGGAGUUGCCGGUGUCGUACUCCGGACAGAAGGUCACGAAGGAUUGGAUCUUACGCCAUGGCAUCGCUAAUCUGCAGGUGCCGUUUGAUAUGGGCUCCUUCCGAAAAGUCAAGGGCGAACGUGCCGAGGGUGCAAAGCAGACGACCUACUGUUUGGACGUGGUGUUCCACCCUCUCAUCAUACAGCUCUUUGUGGAUGAUGCCUUCUGCAACAGCAUGGAGUCCUUCCGACCCUUCGUCAUCAACCUCACCCUGAAGCGCAUUGAGGAGAGCUUGAACGUGAAGCUGGAGACCUCGAGUAUCAAAUUGGUGAAAGACUUCAGGUACAAGGAUGGCGAAGAUGGUGAUGCCAGAGAGUUCCGAGAACUUCCAGAUGAAAAGGAUUCCUUUGAUGAAGAGCUUCGGACUCCUCCGCCCAAAGAGGAACCGGAGGAGAUCUUGAUCGAGGAUCUGACGCCGGAUGUGAGACCAGCGCCGGCGCUCAAGAAGGGGUUUUUGAAUGGCAAGGCCAAACUCUAUGGACCUGAAGGUUCCAAGGAAGGGGUCUUGCCGGAGAACGCGGGCGACCCGCUCGGCUACAUCCCCAAAAGGUUACGAGAUCAGUGCAAGAUCGUGGACACCAGAAGUCCCGAGUACCAGGAACACCAGAAGCAAAUGGAUGCUACUAAUGAGAGCAACCGCCAGCAGCAGGAGUUCCGAGACAACAUCCUCUCUGACUUGGACAAAUGGGCCAAGAAGAGCGCGCCAGACAGAUGGGAAGCAGAUCGUCCAGAUGGGACAGAGGGCACCAAGAAGUACACCAAUGACUACUCCAGGUUCGAGCAGAUCGAAGAAGAGCCUGAGCCGCCUGAGAAGGAUAGCCGGGACUACUAUUUCGAUGCGAAAGGCGUGCCAAAGAAGAUUGAUGAGCCCAAGCAGGAGGGCCCCACAUCACAGUCUCCGGCCAUGAAGAAGGGCUUCUUGGAGAACGUGAAGAAGGCUCUCUAUCCCAGCGGCCCUAGCCCCACGGACGCCCUGAAAGCUUCAGACCUGGCGGAACUGGCAAACCUCAGUGAGGGCGAGAUCAUGCAGCGCAUUGCGCAGAUGUCGCCUGAGGAGAAAUCCAUGAUGGAUGACCUGCAAUCUUUGUUGGAAGCCGGUCAGAAGCAAGAAGAGCAGAAGCAGAAAGAGCCGGAGCCAAAGGAGCAGAGGCGAUCUGCGGAGUACUCUUUGACCGCGACAGAGGAGGGGCAUCAGCUGCAGAUCCAUGUGCCGGAGUUGGACUCAAUGAAGGGAGUGGAUUUGGACGUGACCCAAGAGAGCGCAACCAUCGUCUUCCCGCAUUCGCUGAUGCCUCUUCAAGUGAAGCUGCCGACCGCAGUGCUUCCCACAAAGGUGAGGGCCAAGUUCUCCAAGAAGACGCAUCACAUCAAUGUGAGCUUGCCCUCCGCGUGACGGCUGCGUGCCAAUUUCAGUGUCACUCUCCAGGUGCAAGGAAUUCACCGACCGCAGAGACCGCAACGAGAGAGCAGGUC